GUUCCUAAAAAAAUUAUUUAAGUGCACCCCAUAAAACCCUAAAGACCCAUUCAUUCAACACUCCCUUUUGAGUCUUCAAUUCCCGCAGCCGCAUCCACUCUCUAACAGAUCAAAUCCAGAUACAAUUUGCUAUCAAGCAAUGGCUGUCACUUUUUACGACCUCAGCUCGGCGGCUGGCCUCCAGAGGCUUGAUGAUUACCUUUUAUCUCGCAGUUACAUUACCGGGUAUCAAGCUUCGAAGGAUGAUUUAACAGUUCAUGCUGCCCUCUCAAAGCCUCCAUCACCUGAUUAUGUGAACGUGUCACGUUGGUACAACCACAUUGAAGCUUUGUUGAGGAUUUCUGGAGUUUCUGGUGAGGGAAGUGGUGUGACAAUUGAGGGAUCGGCUCCCGCUGCAUCUGCUGAGGAUGAUGACGAUGAUGAUGUGGAUUUGUUUGGUGAGGAGACUGAGGAAGAGAAGAAGGCUGCUGAGGAACGUGCAGCUUCUGUAAAGGCUUCCUCAAAGAAGAAAGAAUCUGGUAAGUCAUCAGUCCUGAUGGAUGUAAAACCAUGGGAUGAUGAGACUGACAUGAAAAAGCUUGAAGAAGCUGUUAGAAGCGUGCAGAUGGAGGCUAAACUUGUACCUGUUGGAUAUGGAAUCAAGAAAUUGCAGAUUAUGAUUACCAUUGUGGACGAUUUGGUAUCUGUUGACACCCUCAUUGAGGACUAUCUUACAGCCGAACCAAUCAAUGAGUAUGUCCAGAGUGUCGACAUUUGUGCUCCUAAGUUUCUACCAUUUCUACCGGUCCCCUCGUCAUCUUCCAUGGAGGAAGAGCUUUCAAUUGAACUCAGCGCCUUCAAACUAUCUGAAAAGGAGGCAGAGCAAGUUCACCAAGUUCACCUACAGGGGAAUAAAGAACUAUAGGAUUGAUUUGGCAAAAACUAUAGGAUUGAUUUAGCAAAUUAGGGCUAAUGUCGUCAAGCAAUUGAGCCCUAAGUUUUCCACAAACUCAAAGUAGCUGAAGGGAAUAAUUGGACCUUUGAAAAUCAGUACUUGGUGCUUCGAGAUUGGAAGGAAGACAUAUACGCAGAGCACCCGUAUUUGACAUACGGAUCCAACCGUCGAAAAUUCCUCUCAAUUGGAUCUCAACAGUAGUUGAUAUGAAAAUUAGCAGUCUUUAACAAGGUGAAAGAUAUUACUAAUAAACCACACGUCAUCUGAAGAAAAUCCUAAGUCUACAUCUGAUUCUCCUCAACGGUUCAGACCAUUACCCACACUUGGUGAAUUUUUACAAAUCCCUCCAAAAAGAACUAUGGUCUUUUAUUUUAAUUUUCCGCCUCUUUUUAAGCGAAUAGUGUAAUGUCGACUACGCCGAUUGUAUAAUUCGAAAGUCCAACUUCUUCUAGGCACCACUUGACUUCUAAUGGUGACCACUUAGCUUUGACUUCUAAUUCUGAGUUGUGACCACACAACAUAUCCCCAGUCGGUACGCACGCC